UCCAGUGACGUAAGGUCGCUCUGCUACGUUGUCUCGAUUAUCUCAGCUUCCCUUUGAGAGGAAAACAAAGCCAGUCAACGUUGGAAGUCGAUGUACUUGCGUCUCAUACGGCUCUGAUACGACGAGUUUCGACCGUGAAGAAGGCCAGUGGGAACAGUUUUAAAGACAUGUGGGUGGUUUGAAGGUUCAGAAGCUCUCCCGAUGAUUCAUCUGCAUUGACAACUUUAGCGCUCGAUAAGGAUGGCUAGCUGUGGCGAGGUCGACCACUCCGUGAGCUCGCUCCCAUCCAGUAAGAAGGGCAGUGGCGGUGGAGGUGGCGGCAGCGGGAGCGGCGCCGAAUCGUCCUGCUCUGACUCCAACGGCUCGUCCCCCGCCCUGUCCGUGCCGGAGUGCGCCAUCUGUCUGCAGAGCUGUGUCCACCCCGUCCAGCUGCCGUGCCAUCACGUCUUCUGCUUCCUGUGUGUCAAGGGCGCUUCCUGGCAGAGCAAGCGCUGUGCCCUCUGCAGGCAGGAAGUGCCAGACGACUUCCUAGAAAGGCCCACGCUCCUCUCUCCGGAGGAGUUGAAGGCGUCGGCGGGCGGCCGCAGCGGGGCGGCGAGCGACCACGCCUGGUACUACGAGGGCCGCAACGGCUGGUGGCAGUACGACGAGAGGACGAGCCGGGAGCUGGAGGACGCCUUCUCCAAGGGGAAGAAGACGGCCGAGAUGCUGAUUGCUGGCUUCCUGUACGUCGCCGACCUGGAGAACAUGGUGCAGUACCGGCGCAACGAGCACGGCCGCCGGCGCAAGAUGAAAAGAGACGUUAUUGAUAUUCCCAAGAAGGGCGUGGCCGGGCUGCGGUUGGACACCGAUGCUGUCGCCGGGGCGCUGAGCUCGGCAGGUCGGGAGAACUCUGCAGAUGGCGCCGACACCACGACAGCAGGCGCUCCGCCGCAGGCCGCUGGUGUCCCCGCCGCCACUCCGGCCCCCUCCGCUGCCGCCCGGCCCCCCAUGUCUCUCGGGGACCAGCCAGGGCCCGGUACCAGCCCCUCGGUGGAGGACUCUCUCUCCCAGCUGCAGAUCAGCCCCAGGUCGGCCCCGCCUCACGACCGGUUAGAGGGUGGGGAGGGGGAGGGGCAGGAUGAUGACCAGGAAGAGACGUCCCCCUCCAGGUCCUCAGACCCUCACACCUCCGUGGAGGAGUCCGCCUCCGGAGACUGGAGCGACGACGAAGAGGAGGAGGAAGAAGAGCGGGGAGACGGCGACCACGCGGAGCCUUGGGAGGACUGGCCGCGCAGACGGAGACCGCCCCCAGAGGACAGGGCACCACCCCGCGCCGCGUCGGCCUCUCCCCCUCCGUCCUCCCACAGCAGCGGGAGGUCCAGGAUGCCAGACGGCCAGUGUACAGUGACUGAGGUGUGAAUCCACUCAAUUUAAUUUAUGCUACAGUUUGCUCAGAUGCAGAUCUGAGGUGGGAGAAGUGAGGCAUGUCACGCUCACACACAAACGGCUCCGCCGUUCUUUUCUAGCGUUUUCUGUCUAUUGGUUUUAAUUUGUUUUCUCAGCGUCUUCAUCAGUGCCGCCUGUCAGCCGCUCAUGCCCUCAAACUGAGACAGAGACGACGUGGGUGGGAUGUAAAUGAUCUUACAAGUUUAUAUUUAACACAUCAUCAUCAUGAGAAUUUAAAGACUUCCUGUCAGUUGUUUGCGUUACUUUAAUUUGAUGCCUAUAGAUUGUGUUCUGUUUAGGUUUCAAAAAACGUUGAAGCUACACUGUGAACUUUACUCACAAACCCGUUUUGCCCAAAUCUAAGCCUGAUUUACAUCUACUGUCCAGAACCCUGAAGGCUUCUGUGAGGCCGAGUCAGAGAGCGGUCAUCUUCAUAAAUGGCUGCUUUGUGAUCAUCUUAAUAACCGUUUGGCUGAUGCAGAAAUGUCACCUGACUCGACCUCCAUUGCACUGAACUUGAUCUACUUGAUCCUAGUUUCUAACCCAAUCAGCUGGUUUCUCUGGGCCGAUAAUUAAAUAAUUAACUGAGCUAAUGUUCCCUUAAGGAGAAACCUCGCCUGGUUUUAUGUACAUUAAGAUAGAAAACUAAAAAACAAACUCCCAUCAUGCUUCUAAAGCUGCUUUGAUGUCUAAAUUACUUGCUUAAUAUUUAACAAUGCAGAUUUAGGAGGCAGGUAAAUGUGUGGCUGCCUUGCGAUUUAUUUUUAUUUCCGAUUAAUUCAUUGAAACCCAAACUUAUCGUAAAGAUUGAUGUGUAUUUGAAAUGAAUGUAAGCAUUAGAAGUUGUGGUCAUUUGUUUUAUUGGUGCCCAGCCUUAAGGAAUUGGCAUUUUAAUGUGAAAUAUUGGUGUUUGUUUUUGUAUUUUUAUUUUUUUUACUUUAAAGCAGCUCUGUUACUGUUUCCAACAUCCCUGACUGAUCAAUUCUCAAGUGUGCCCAAAGUUUUGUGAUUUGUCCUUUAUUUAAAGAGAGUUGUAUUUGAACACUACGGUCUGUUGAGAGGAUGUGGAGAACUGAUUGGUUUUUAUUAGCUCUAUUUCUUAUGGUGGUUAAAUGUAUGUCAGAGGACAUAAAA